CUAAGCUUUCUAAUUUGCUUUCUAGGUGAGCCUAUACAGAGAAUUACACUUGCAUCCAAUGCUGAAGGAUGGGACAAGAUGGUGAAUGGCCAAUUAGAAAGUACACUGGCUCUGGAUGAAAGAGUCCUUGUCACUGGAUUUGUACCAGGAAACACUCAGCAGCAAAGAGAACAUGCCAGGGAGUUAAAUAUUGACCUUUUUGAUGCAAAAUUCAUUUCUGGCUAUUCAUCAACAGAGUUGUUGGCCUAUCCUCCUGAUGAUCUAAACAUUGACAUUUUGAUGAUGCAUUCUUAUGGGCGUGAUGUCGGGCGACAAGCUCAGAUUAUUAAGGACACUAAGAACUGUAAGUGGGUUCUUGUUGUGCAUACAGUAAGUGAGGAACUGGAAAAAUAUGCACAGAAAGCAGUCUCAAGGGCAGCUGUGAACGAACCAAUAUCUGAACAUGAGCUACAGGUGAAACUCUGUGAGAAGGCUGAUCUUGUUGUUGCCGUGGGCCCAAAAGUUGCAGAAGCUUACAAGGCUGCUUUGCGAUACUGUGGUAAACAGGAUAGCAUUUUUACCCUCAUGCCAAAAAUUUCAAGUGAAUUUCUAGGUGUGCGUCAGUCAUCAGACACCAAGUGCUGGGAUACAGGGGAAAAGUUCCGUAUACUGAUCAGUGGUUCUGCCAAGUAUUUUAAAGUCAAGGGGUGUGACAUUGCAGCUAAAGCUAUCAAUCUACUGCAAGAUUCAUCAUAUCAUCUGAUUCUUGUUGUACUUCAAGAUGAUAACAUUGCCGAAAUUCAGCAAGCCAUGUAUAAGGAAGGAAUCAAUGUGAAACAACUGACAGUGCGGGGAUGUCCUGGGACCACAGAAGCGUGGCACAGAUUGCUUUGUGAGGUAGAUCUUCUCAUCAAGCCAUCAAGAACAGAAGGCUUUGGAAUGAGUGGUCUCAGGGCUAUUUCUGCUGAUCUUCCCCUCCUUGUCAGCAGAAGUUGUGGGCUUGGCAUUGCCCUGAAGAGUUUACCCUCUGGCAGAAACCAUGUGGUUGAUUCUGAUGAGCCAAAAAUUUGGGCUGAUAAGAUCAAAGAAGUCAGGGAAAAGGGCUUCAAGACUUGCCAUGUUCAUGCUGAGCAGCUAAGAAGUGAAUAUACAACAAGAUUUCUGUGGAAGGAACAAGUUGACCGCUUGUUGAGAAUAUUUUCAGAAAUGGUAGCACAAAAUCAGGGUAUGAAUAGUAUAACUUUUGAUUUGUAGCAAUGUAUAAUGUUUAUUUAUGUUUCUCAUGAGAGCUUAAGACGGAAUCCACCAUAACAUUAAGUAAUUUUGAUUUUCAGUGGACUAAAAUCUUGUACCAGAAUACUUUAAGGCAUAUUGUAUUUUUUCUUACAUUUUUCAAAGGCUUAAGAUGUAAUAAAUCAUCUGUAGUAACACCAAAAAAAAUUUCGCAUGGGAGCCUGAGAAAAUGAAUGUCAAAUUUCACAAAAUUACAUCUUACACAUGACAUUUUUAGAAUUUUACCUGUGAAAUUUGACAUUUAUUUUCUCGGACUUCCAUGAGAAAUUUUCUUUGACAUUACUACAGAUGAUUUAUUACAUCUUAAGCCCUAAAAAAAUGUAAAAAAGAAUGCAAUAUUCUUUAAAUUAUUCUGGUACAAGAUUUUUGUCCACUGAAAAUUGAAAUAAUUACUCAAUUUCCUGAUGGAUUCUGUCUUAAUAUUAUUAAGCAGGAUUUCAACCAUCUUGUAGAUCAGUGAACAUGCAAUUGCCUUGUGAAGUAUUAUUGAAAGUUGCUUUGAGACAAUAACAUUAAUUAGUUUUUCUUCAUAAAACCAGACACUUGAGCGUUCAGUGUUAUAUUGGCUAUAAAAACCUGUUUUACCGGAAAUUUACUUUGAUGUUCACACCAUUUUUUUCCCUUGGAACGAGUGCAAUUUUAGAAUUCCUUGUACUGGAUUGAUGGAUUAAUGCAGGGCUUGAAAUUAAUUUUUUGGAUACCUAACCCUUUGGGUUAGAAGGCAUAAAUUUUACUAACCAAGUUAUAAAGUUUAUUAUUCAAGAAUCUGUUCUUGAACUAACAAUAUAAUUUAUUAACUACUGAAAAUUGUACUAGUAAAUGGGGCAAACUUAUGGAUGGAUUGGUUCAAAACAUUGUUUGUGUAGACUCAUCAAAAUGCAACCAGGUGAAUUCCUUUUUCAAUUUUUCAUGCAUGGAAAGUUCCUCUUUCUUUUUUCAUUUUUUCUUUGUACUGCUUCAGGAAGCCUUCCAUAGUGUUUGAAACUACACUUGUUCGUUGUUAGGUUUCUUAAUCUUCCAUUUCCUAUUCACAAAUUGUGGGCAGCAACCAUUAAUUUUCUGAAAAAAACUGUCAAAGGGUCUUUGCAUCUGAUCUGUAUAGUAAAAGGUUGCACAAAACAAGCCACUUCCAAUAAUGCAAAAGACAAGAUGGUGGAGGUAAUACAAAGGUUGUGUCCUGAUCUCCCCAUCCAAUAAAAGCCUGGUUACCUUCGCUCAGCUUGAGUUUCAUGAAAUCUGCAUUUUUCGUAUUGUUUGAUCAUGCGGUAAGCGUAUCUUUCACAACAAUUUGUUUGAGAUAGAAAACAAUUUUAUACAUGUAGAAAAAAAAAACAGAUUAGCCUUUUGAGCCUAAAAUUAAUAUUCAUUUGCAAGAAGAAUUUCUAUGAUAAUGAAUGAAACUACUUACAUGUAUUUAACAGUAAUUUUUACUAACCAUGUCAGGUAUGCUUCGGCACAUUUUCAGUUAGCAAAUGUUGGAAACUACUCUAACCAUUGGUUAACUGGUUACCAUUAAUUUCAAGCCCUGAUUAUUGUCCGGGGAAGACGGUAUUAAUUCUCCUCACUUCCCUCUUGUCAUUGCAGAAAGAAUUAUUGCUGAAGCUGACCGGGUAGAUGGAAGGUUUCUUGGGGAGGAUGUCAACCCAAGUAUUCAAGAGUCAAACCAAGAUGCGAGUGGUCGUGAUAGAUUGGAUGCAAUGGCAGUGGCCCGAAAGGUAAAGAUAAGUCAUGCAUUGUCAACUAAAGUGCGUGACUUGCCUGUGCAAGUUUAUAAACAGAUUUGUGAGCAGUUGAAUAUCAAGCGAGAUGAGAAAUUUGAUGACUUCAGGAUUCUUGCUGAGAAACUUGGAUUCUCAAGGGAACAAAUACGCCAUUUUGAGUCAAAAGAUGACCCCACCGAUGAAAUUCUGACAUCCUGGUCUUUAGCAAGUGGUGAAGCGACAGUGGGAAAGCUGAUUGAAUUGUUGAAUGGGGAGGACCUUGAACGAUGGGACGUGGCAAAGACCCUCUUGAAGCACUGGGUAGACGCACAGAAUCUCCAUACUUAA